AUGUCGAGAAAUUUCUCAAAAAUCCAGUCCUUGCCGAUAUACCAUGAUCCCAAUCGAAAUCCACGCCACAACAGUAACGUUAUUGACGAAGACCAAAUCCAAACAGAAGAAGCGGCCUAUUAUAACCUGCUACACGAAAAGCUUAACGACCUUCUUGCAACUCUGCCGAAAGACAAAGGCUGGAGAAUCACAAACAUCUUCCUACACAAAGGUUUCUGGUUGAGCCCAGCAGCUCUGAAAAGCUUAUUAAUGAUCCACGACUAUUUCCAUCCCCGAUCCACUGACAUCUUCCUCGCAGCUUUCAUGAGGUGUGGAACCACCUGGCUUAGAGCUCUCAUGUUCGCCACCGCCAACCGCCACCUUUACAAGUUUUCCGACCACCCUAUUCACCGCACAGGACCCCACGGUAUUUUCCCGUCCCUUGACUCUAAAAUUCUUCUGGAAUAUCCGGUAUCUAAGUUCGAGCUUCUCCCUUCUCCUCGAUUGUUCGCCACACACUUUGCUCAUAGCUUGUUUCCGAUCUCGAUGACAUCACCAUUGUCAACAUGCAAGUUUGUGUACGUGUGUAGAGACCCUAAAGACGUGCUAAUUUUAAAGUGGCACUUCAUGUGCAAAAUCCGGUCGGAGGAACGUACACCCAUUUCGUUUAAUGAAGCUUACGAGCUUUUCUGCAAUGGAGUCUCGGAGUUCGGACCUUUUUGGGACCAUGUGUUGGAGUAUUGGAAAGCAAGCCAGGAAUCACCUGAGAAGAUCUUGUUCUUAAAGUAUGAGGAUAUCAAGAGGGAACCGUCAGUGGAGCUCAAGAAGUUGGCGGCGUUCAUGGGAAUGCCCUUCACGGCGGAAGAGGAGGAGGGAGGAGUGGUGGAAGAGAUUGUGAAGCUGUGUAACUUUGAGAAUUUGAGUAAUCUUGAAGUGAAUAAGGAGGGUGGGGGUGUUCAGAUGUUUACACAGCUGGUGGUGGAGUAUCAGAAUUAUUUUAGGAAAGGGACGGUGGGAGAUUGGAAAAAUUACUUGACAGAGGAGAUGAGAGAGCGCAUUGAUUCAAUCACUGAAACCAAGUUUAAGGGUUCGGGGUUGACACUCGGUCUUGGUGUCUAA